GGCUGAGGCGGUUGAGUUCCUCUGGGCCAGGACAGUCACUUAUACACUGGGAUUCGGGACAGAGGGACGGAGGGACAGACAGCUACGCCCCUUGGUGCUGAGAGCCCAGAACCCCUAGCAAGUCCAGCCUCGCUGCUUCCAGCCUCCAGCUCUUUGCCGGCUCCUUGCCCCUUGACUCCGCCACCCUAAACUGUGCCUGGCGGCUUCCUCCCCCCCUCCCCCUCCCCAGCGCACACCUCAGGCUUCGCCAGGAGCCUCUGGAAGGGGAGGGGGUAAGGGGGAAAUCCCCUCGUCCACCCUUGCCAGGAGGUGCCCCGCGCGCCCGCCCCCCCGGAGGGCGGUGCCCCGGGGCGCUGCCCCAUGGAGCGGGGAGGCGGGCGGCGUCUGCCCCUGGAGCCCUGACCCGAGCUGGAGCCAGAGCUCGAGCCCAAGCCGGAAUCUCCAGAGGGUCAGAGCCACCGCCGGCCGCCCGGGCGCUAGCUCUGCUCGCCGGGUCUGCCUCCCCCGUCCCGGCGGACCAUGCGCUGCCGCCCCCCGCCCGCGGAGCAGCGCGCCAGCCCUGCCGGGCUCUAAGCCCUUCACCCCGGCCCAGCCAUGGGCAGCGCCCGCUCUCGCCCCCGGCUCCGGCCCCGACCCCGGGCCCGGUCUCGGCCGGCGCUCUGCGCGCUCCUGCUGCUCCUGCUCCUGUUGGCCGCAGCCGUGCCCAGGUCAGAACCAAAUGACAUUCUGGGCCUUCGACUGCCACCAGAACCUGUGCUGAAUGCCAACACGGUGUGCCUGACAUUGCCAGGGCUGAGCCGACGCCAACUGGAAGUGUGCGUGCGCCACCCGGAUGUGGCAGCCUCCGCCAUCCAGGGCAUUCAGAUUGCCAUACAUGAAUGCCAACACCAGUUUCGGGACCAGCGCUGGAACUGCUCCAGCCUGGAGACCCGAAACAAGAUCCCUUAUGAAAGUCCCAUCUUCAGCAGAGGCUUCCGAGAGAGUGCCUUUGCCUAUGCCAUUGCAGCAGCUGGUGUGGUCCAUGCCGUGUCCAAUGCCUGCGCCCUGGGGAAGCUGAGGGCCUGUGGCUGCGACGAGGCUCGCCGGGGGGAUGAGGAGGCCUUCAGGCAGAAACUGCACCAACUCCAGCUGGAUGCUUUACAGAGGGGCAAGGGCAUGAGCCAUGGGGUCCCGGAGCAUCCGGCCUUGCCCCCUGCUGCCUCUGGACUUCAGGACGCCUGGGAAUGGGGGGGCUGCAGCCCAGAUGUCAGCUUUGGAGAGAGGUUUUCCAGGGACUUCUUGGAUUCCAGGGAACCACACAGGGAUAUUCAUGCCAGAAUGCGGCUCCAUAAUAACCGCGUUGGGAGGCAGGCAGUCAUGGAGAAUAUGCGCCGGAAGUGUAAAUGCCACGGCACAUCGGGCAGCUGUCAGCUGAAGACGUGCUGGCAGGUGACCCCCGAGUUCCGAGCGGUGGGCUCCCUCCUCCGAGCCCGCUUCCAGCGCGCCACUCUCAUCCGGCCUCACAACCGCAACGGCGGCCAGCUGGAGCUGGGCGCAGCUGGGGGACCCCUCCCCUCCCCGGGGUCGCCCCCCGCUCGCCGGAGAGCCAGUCCCACAGACCUGGUCUACUUCGAGAAGUCCCCGGAUUUCUGCGAGCGGGAGCCCCGGCUGGACUCGGCGGGCACGGCCGGGAGGCUGUGCAACAAAAGCAGCACGGGGCCGGACAGCUGCGGGAGCCUGUGCUGCGGGAGAGGGCACAACAUCCUGCGGCAGACGCGCAGUGAGCGGUGCCAUUGUCGCUUCCACUGGUGCUGCUUCGUGGUCUGCGAAGAGUGCCGAAUCACCGAGUGGGUCAGUGUCUGCAAGUGAGCUCCACGGGCCGGGCUCCGGGGGCAUCUGGCAGACUUGGAGGGGUGAUGAAAACACUCGGGGUCCCACCACAAUCCUCUGUGCAGUCUUAGCCGAGUCAUUUCCUUCCUCGUGCUUCAGUUUCCCGUCUGUAAAAGAAGAGCCUGGGCUACAGCGCGAUCUCUAAAGUGUUUUCCAGCCUGUGCUUUUGGGGACUCCUCUUGGAAGACAGCGGCAGCUGUUCCCACACCCCCACACCCCCACACCCCCGCCUUGUCACCCGGACUCUUACCCUCGGCCAAUCUGAUAAAGAGCUCCGAAAAAAGGGACUCGGGAGCUGCGCUGAGAUAUGGGGAGGUGCAGAAAUCAGUCAGUUCUCCCUACUCUUUCCCUCAAAAAAUGCCCUCCCUAGAAAACACCGAUUCUGUUGAGUGGAAUGGAGAGGUUUAUUAAAGAAAAGACAUAGAGACAAUUGGGCAACAGAGAUUCUAUGAAGAGAGCAGGCACUUCCUUCCUUGCCUCCUCUCCCUUCUCCUGGCAUUGUUAUCUUAGGGUUCCAGUCUGGGAACCUGGAUACUUGAGUUCAUACACCAAUUUCAGCCCCAGGAACUGCA